UCUUUAUCGUUUAAUUGAAAGAUCUUCGGAUAUUCCACAAUCUGUUCACUGAUGAUGACAAAUUGACAACAGAAAAAAAUUCAAGGGGCGAAAUCAUAAAUACGAAAAGUUCGAAAAAAACUCGAAUUUGGGAAAUCCAAUGAUUCAAAAAUUUUGAAGUUAGAGAGUUGAAUUUUGAAUAUUAUUUGAACUUUUGCAUAAAUUCAGGCGGAGAAAAAAAUUUCAUAUGAGCUCCGAUCAUCGGAGAAAAUCAAGGUUUCCGACGCACCCCUAAAUCGUAGCUGAUGCAAGGGGUUAUAUCGUUAUCAUCGGAGCAUUUGAAUCGGGUCAUCCAUGACCUUUUCAGUAGUUACUCGCCUCCUGUAUGGGCAACACUAAUUGCUGGAGUAUUCAUUGUUAUCUCUCUCACACUCUCUAUGUACCUCCUCUUUGAACAUCUCUCUGCUUACAAAAACCCAGAGGAACAAAUGUUUUUGAUUGGUGUGAUUUUGAUGGUGCCUUGUUAUGCAGUUGAAUCAUUUGUGUCAUUGGUACAUCCAGCAAUUAGUGUUGACAUUGGGAUAUUGCGAGAUUGCUAUGAAUCCUUUGCUAUGUACUGCUUUGGGAGGUAUCUUAUUGCAUGCUUAGGUGGGGAGGAGAGGGCUAUACUAUUUAUGGAGAGGGAAGGACGUGCAGCUUCAAAGAUGCCACUACUAGAGCAUGACUCUGAGAAGGGAGUUGUCAAGCAUCUUUUUCCCAUGAAUUAUUUUUUAAAGCCAUGGAAACUUGGUCAGUGGGUCUACCAAGUUAUCAAAUUUGGAAUCGUCCAAUAUAUGAUCAUAAAAGCGCUUACUGCUAUUUUAGCAGUGAUUCUUGAAGCUUUUGGUGUCUAUUGUGAAGGAGACUUUAAGUGGAAUUGUGGGUACCCCUAUGUAGCUGUGGUUUUAAAUUUCAGUCAAUCAUGGGCACUGUAUUGCUUAGUACAAUUUUAUGCCAUUACAAAGGAUGAAUUAUCUCACAUCAAGCCGCUGUACAAGUUUUUAACGUUCAAGUCAAUUGUUUUCUUAACUUGGUGGCAAGGUUUGGCGAUAGCUCUUCUCUCUACCCUCGGUUUGUUUCGAAGUCCAAUGGCUGAAGGUUUGCAAUUUGAAUCCAGCAUUCAAGAUUUCAUCAUAUGCAUCGAGAUGGGUGUUGCUUCUGUAGUUCAUCUUUAUGUCUUCCCAGCAAAGCCAUACGAGCUGAUGGGAGAGCGCUAUACUGGGGAUGUUGCUGUUCUAGGGGAUUAUGUGUCUGCAGACUUGCCAGUAGAUCCUGAGGAAGUUAGAGACAGUGAGCGUCCAACCAAAUUACGUCUUCCUCAACCUGACAUUGAUACUAAGGGCGGAAUGACAAUUAGAGAAAGUGUUAAGGACGUCUUUAUCGGAGGUCGAGAAUAUAUAGUGAAUGAUUUGAAAUUCACGGUAACCCAAGCAGUGGAGCCUGUAGAGAAAGGAAUUCAAAAAUUGCAUAAGAUCUCUCAGAACAUAAAGAAGCAUGAGAAAGAGAAGCGAACGAAGGAUGACAGUUGCAUUGCAACAUCAUCUCCAGCACGGAGGGUCAUACGUGGGAUAGAUGAUCCACUUUUACAUGGAAGCAUUAGUGACAGUGGAACUUCGAGGAGAAAGAAGCAUCGUCGGAAAUCUGGAUAUACCAGUGCAGAAAGUGGUGGAGAAAGUAGCAGUGAUCAGAGCUACGGUGGUAUCCAAGUUCGUGGCCGAAGAUGGCUUACUAAGGAUUAGUCAGGAAAGAGAAGGGCAGAAAGUAAUUGCUUUGAAGACCUUCUAUACAGUAUGCACACCUCUGCCUGAAAAUCUGGAGUUGUUUAACUCUGUACAACAUCAUUCUUCUGCUCCAAGGAAGUUGAAGUAUUUGCUUCAGCAAAGUCCAUCUGGGGCUUUUUUCUCUAUUCAGAGUUCAAGUGCUACAAAGCACUUGCAUAUUCAUUCUCUCUUGUCAUUGUUGUUGCACAUAAUGGUCUUCAAUGGUGUAUAGAUGUAUCCUCAUGGGUGUAUGAUCCCUUGUUGUAUCAGGAUCAGUCUGGCUCAUAUAGAAGGUUUUGCAUUUAGAUUUUGAAUCUUAGGAAGAGGUAUGCCUGUCAUUGAUGAAAUUAACUCGAUGGCAGUUAUUUAUAUCAUCAAAUGGUGUUUUCUCCUG